AUGGCGACCCCCAGUGUUCGUAUCUUUGAUACUGGGGGUCAUGCUGUUGACUUUGAGGUCUGGGUCGAUGACCUCCAGCUGUUCCUACAGUGCGAUAGGGCAGACGGACUCUCCCUGUUCGAUCUCACCUUUGGUGCCUCCCCUGCCCCGCCUGCUACUGCUGACAGCACUGUUUGCUCACAGUGGGCCACACGCGAUGCUGCUGCCCGUCUUGCUGUGCUUGCACGCUACUCCUCCCCUACCACUGCUGCGCUUAGCCGCCUCAUGCUGCCGUACCUGUUCCCUGACCUUGCCGCCUUUCCCACUGUCGCUGAUCUCAUCACGCACCUUCGCACUAGUGACACUCACUACCGCGCUGCGCUUCCUGCUGAGUUGUGCGCCAAGAACCCCCCCCCCAUGUACAUCACCCUCUACUACAUAGUCACCCGGCUCCCUGACUCCCUUCGCCUAGUCAGGGACCACUUCCUCUCAGUUUGCCCCACCACACUCACCGUUGACCUCCUCGAGGAGCGCCUCCUAGCAGCAGUGAAGAGCAUAGUCCCUGUAGGAGCCUCUCGUGGUGACCCUCGCACCCCAGUCUUUGAGGGGUGUUCCCCCUCCCCCCUCUUGCCCUCGGUUGCUUCUGCUGCUGCUGUUGACCUCGUUGGUUUCUAA